GACAAAUUCGGGUAGUAUCGAACCGGUAUCCGGUUUAAUCGGUCCAACUCCAUUCUAUCAAUUCCAUCACACAUAAAUAUAUACAUCUCUUUACCCCAUUUCUUCCAACACAACCUCUCUCACCCUCCGUCAAUGGAGAAAACCCUAGCUACCUCCCACACCAAACGCUCCUCUCCGUCACCUUCCACCACCGUGACCGCACGCCCCGACGGUUUCACUCGCAGAACAAGACAGAGAUUGUCAAAUGCAACGACGAGUGUAAGCGAGAGUGACGUAGAAGAUGAUGAUGAUGAAGAAGCAGUCGAGGAGAAGAUUGAGACUCUUCAGACAAUAGUUCCCGGAGGAACGGCGCUCGAAGUCGACGAGCUGUUUGAAGAGACGGCGAGUUACAUUUUGGCUCUGCAGUGUCAGAUCAAAGCCAUUAAAGUUCUCACUGCGUUUCUUGAGCGUUGUGACUAGAAUGAUGAUAUGAAGUUUGGAGGUUGAAGAUUAUCACAAACAAUAUGGAGUUCUCCCAAAUCAUUAAAAGAAAAAAAACAAAUUUCUCAUUUUUUAUUUAUUUAAAUUUACUUUAUUUUAUAUUAUUAUUUUUGAUUGUGACUCACUGGCGCCUAGCUCGAGUUCAUAAUUUUAUCUGAUGUUUUUCAUAUAUUUCGAAUAUUGCGGAAAACCGAGGAAAUCUAUACAUUUUC